UGGCCGAUCCUGUCCGCUGAGCGUCCCGGGUUGGGCGGGCGCUCCUCCUGGGAGUGGCGGCCCCGCCCCCACCCCCUCCUCUGCUGACCGCGCGGCCGGGUGGACCCUCGCGUCUCUCCGCGGCGCCUCUCAGCCUCGCGCUCAUCCCGCAGCUUUCGGGACCAUGGCCAACCUCGAGCGCACCUUCAUCGCCAUCAAGCCAGAUGGCGUGCAACGCGGCCUGGUGGGCGAGAUCAUCAAGCGCUUCGAGCAGAAGGGGUUCCGCCUGGUGGCCAUGAAGUUCCUUCGGGCCUCUGAAGAGCAUCUGAAGCAGCACUACAUUGACCUGAAAGACCGGCCUUUCUUCUCAGGGCUGGUGAAGUACAUGAACUCUGGGCCUGUGGUGGCUAUGGUCUGGGAGGGGCUCAAUGUGGUGAAGACAGGCCGAGUCAUGCUGGGGGAGACCAAUCCAGCUGAUUCUAAGCCAGGCACCAUUCGAGGGGAUUUCUGCAUUCAGGUUGGCAGGAACAUUAUUCAUGGCAGUGAUUCAGUGAAAAGUGCUGAGAAAGAGAUCAGCCUGUGGUUUAAGCCUGAAGAACUCAUUGACUACAAGUCUUGUGCCCAUGACUGGGUCUACGAAUAGAGGUGGACAAAACAGAGCCCUUUUCAGCAUUACUGUUGGGCCUCUGGACACAGCCCUUCAUUCCACUGACCACAAGCGAUAAUAUGCACCAUCUUUUAUAAAGCAUAUUUACCAGUAAAGCCUUUGGAACUGGA